CCCGUCUCGGCGCUCUUUCUCUUGUCCUUCUCUUCUCAACCGCCUUGGGUCCAGAAUCACUUGCGCCCUCGUUCAAAGGUCAAGAUGGGGCCUGACGUCGUGUCUCAAAGCUCGGACGAGCGGCCCACCUCAGCCCCGGCCGAGGUGGCGGCAAAGCAAGCCCACGACGAUGUCGAGAAACUGCGCAAGGCCCAUCAGUGGGACCCAAACUUGCCAAUUGAGAAGGUUGACGAGAUCACUGUGGCCGCGCGGGCUGACGAAGCCGACAUCAACGCUGAGGUCCAAAAGGAGUUCGCAAACUCGUCGCCGUACGAAGAAGUGCGCGCCGCCGUCCGAGAGAUCGACAAUGAGGAAUAUGCCAACACGAUUCGCGCUUGGAUCAUUGGCAUGAUGUUCGUCACGGCCGUCUCCGGAAUCAACAUGUUUCUCAGCAUGAGGAGCCCUGCCAUCUCUAUUCCGGCUGUCGUGGUCAUUCUCAUCACGUACCCUGUCGGCAUACUGUUCGCGAAGGUGCUGCCAACACGCAAGUUCAACACGUUUGGUGUUCAGUGGUUGCUCAACCCGGGUCCUUUCAGCAUCAAGGAGCACGCAGUCAUUACGCUGAUGGCCAAGAUCACGGCUGACUACCCCUACUCGACGAAUGCGCUCGAAGCACUGCAAGCGCCGUCCUUGUACAACCACAGUCUUGGGUGGGGCUUUGCCCUCAUGUUCACCCUGAGCAGUCAGAUCAUUGGAAUCGCCAUGUCGGGCAUGUUCAGGCGGUUCCUAGUCUGGCCCGCCGCCAUGGUAUGGCCCGGCCAGUUCGCCACGACCUCGCUCUUGUACACCAUCCACGACAAGCGCAAGGCCGACGAGAUUGCCGAGGCCACCUCGAGCUCGUGGAAAAUGUCACCAUACCGUUGGUUCUGCUACCUGGGCAUGGCCUCUUUUGCCUACUACUGGCUACCAGGCGUCUUGUGGCAGGGUCUGUCCGUCUUCGCCUUCGUCACCUGGAUCAGACCAGACAAUGUCGUCAUCAACCAGCUGUUUGGAGGAGUGACGGGGCUCUCGCUCAUCCCCCUCACCUUUGACUGGACAUACAUCUCGGCCUACUUGCAGAACCCGCUGCUUUCACCGUGGCACUCUCACUUCAACUGCUUGAUUGGCCUGGGCAUUUUUGUCAUCAUCCCAACCAUUGGCAUCUCAUACACUGGAGCCCUCUUCUCCGACUAUCUCCCCAUCAAUACCUCGCGGACUUACGACAAUACCGGCCACCGCUACCAGGUCGCCAAGAUCCUUACGCCGGAGUUCACGUUGAACGAGACAGCAUACCACGAAUAUUCUCCCUUGUUCCUGACGCCCACAUUCUUCCUCAACUACGGCCUGUCGUUCGCCACUCUCAUGGCCGCGCUGGUACACACGGCGCUCAACCACAGCGGGGAGAUUUGGUAUCGCCUCAAGGCGGCGCGCAAUCAAGAACCCGAUGUGCACAUGACGAUGAUGAACAAGUACAAAGAAGCGCCCGACUGGUGGUAUGCGUGUGUCUGGCUGUGCGCCAUGGCUUUUGGCCUGGCGACCGUCCUCGCGUACCCGACACAGCUGCCGUGGUGGGGCUUCCUCGUGUCCUGUCUCAUUGCCUUCGUCUUCAUCAUCCCACUGAGCAUGAUCUUUGGCAUGACGAACAUCCUUGUUUCCCUCAACGUGCUCUCUCCCUUCUUGGGAGGUUUCAUCUUUCCUGGCCGCCCCAUCGCCAACAUGCUGUUCAAGGUGUUCAGCACCAUUGUCCUCGGCCAGGCUCAAGUUUUCAGCGGAGACCUCAAGUUUGCGCACUACAUGAAAGUGCCACCGAGGACCACUUUCUUCUGCCAGAUCGCGGCUGCCAUCUGGCAAUGCUUUGUCCAGAUUGCUGUCAUGAACUGGGCAUUUGGCAACAUCCCUGGAAUCUGCGAGCCUGACCAGCCCAGCAACUUUACCUGCCCCAACGGUAGCACUUUCUUCUCCUCCAGUAUUGUAUGGGGUGUGAUCGGACCUCAGAAAUUCUUGGGGGCUGGCACGCUCUACGAGAAGAUCCACUUCUUCUGGCUGCUUGGAGCCCUGCUCCCCGUCGUCUUCUACUUUGCCGCUCGCCGAUUCCCCAAGUCGAUUGCCCGCUACCUGCAUGCGCCUGUCAUGCUUGGAGCGAUGGCCUGGCUGCCGCCUGCGACGCCACUCAACUUCUCGACCUGGGCUGUGGUUGGCUUGGUCUUCAACUGGUACAUCCGCCGCCGGUGGAACGGCUGGUGGACCAAGUACAACUACAUCACGGCAGCGGGCCUCGAUGUCGGUCUCGUUUUGUGCACACUCGUCAUCUUCUUCGCUUUUUCGCUGCCGGGCACUCCUCUCCCCGAGUGGUGGGGCAACGUCACCGUGUUUGAGACUCUGGACGCCAUGGGGACGGCUAUUCGCAAGACCGUGCCAAAGGGCGAGACAUUUGGACCCUCCACCUGGUGAUCCUCAUAGUAGUUAUAAGAGUUGCCGGCAACAGCUAGUCGGUGUGCCGAUCCUUGUGCCAUUCCGGAAAGUCUGGCAUCAGCCUGGCAGAUCUAGCACGAGGGUCGUCCCAGAGGUCAUGGUGGGCGAUUUGCCCAGUUGGCCCCUAGGAGGCCUUCUUCGUAGUUCAGGUGUCUGAAUGCAAUAGACAAAUGUUUCUCCAGCAAAUGCAUACGUGAUUCUCGG